CGCCCCGGGAGCGCUGCCGGGCUGGGCUGGCUGGUUCUGCAAGUUUGACAGUUUGGGCGAAGGUGGCAGCGGAGCUGUCUCUGGCGGGACUUUUCUGGGGCGGCGGCCGGGCGGAGAGCGCUGCCCCCCCACCGGCCUGAGUGAGGGGCAGCGGAGCAGCUCCCUGAGGAGAAAGUUUUUCCCGCCGGCCCCCUCGGCCUCUCUGCCGGAUUCUCCAGAGCCGCCGCCACCGCCCCCUUCCCCUUCUCUCCUGCCUGAGGCGCUGCCGCCGCGUCCGGGGGCACGAUGUCUCGGGAUCCCGGAGAGGUGAACAAGCUGACAGAGAGCACCUACAAGAAUGUUAUGGAACAGUUCAAUCCUGGGCUACGGAAUGUAAUAAACCUGGGGAAAAAUUAUGAAAAAGCUGUUAAUGCUAUGAUACUGGCUGGAAGAGCAUAUUAUGAUGGUGUUGCAAAGAUUGGAGAAAUAGCAACUGCAUCUCCAGUUUCUAAAGAAUUGGGACACGUUCUUAUAGAGAUUUCAAGCACAAACAAGAUACUUAAUGACAGCCUAGAGGAAAGUUUCAAAAAAUUUCAUAAAGAGAUUAUAUCUGAACUGGAGAAGAAAACAGAACUGGAUGUAAAAUAUAUGAAUGCAACUUUAAAGCGAUACCAAACAGAACACAGAAGCAAGUUAGAUUCAUUGGAAAAAUCUCAGGCUGAGCUGAAAAAAAUCAAAAGGAAAAGUCAAGGUGGAAGAAACGCAAUGAAAUAUGAGAAUAAAGAAUUUGAGUAUUUGAAAACUGUGAGUUCUCGACAGAGUGAUAUUCAAAGAUUUAUUGCUGAAGGUUGCAGAGAAGCUCUACUUGAAGAAAAAAGAAGAUUUUGUUUUCUGGUUGACAAGCACUGCAGUUUAACUCAGCACAUGCACUUCUAUCAUAAACAGUGUGCAGAUUUACUUAACUCCAAGUUGCCUGGAUGGCAGGAAAUGUGUAGUGAUGCCACAAAAGUGCCAGAAAAAGUUAUGAAUAUGAUAGAAGAUAUGAAGACGCCUGGUUCCACUCCAAUCUCAGGAACUCCACAACCUUCACCAGUGACAGAGAGAAAUAGUAUGGUUGGACGAGUGCCCCCUGCUCCUACAGUUAGAGCAUUUACUAGUCCUUUAGUUGACAUGUUUAACAAUCCACCAGCAGUUCCAAAGGUUCCUUCGGAAAGAUUAAGUAAUUCAGCAGAUAAUUCAGAUGAUGCCAGUUUAUCACAUUCAACUUCUGUUGCCACAGGACUGAACAUAAUGACAAGGCAGAAAGUAAAAACUAUCUUUCCGCAUACUGCUGGAACUAACAAGACAUUACUUAGCUUUGCACAGGGAGAUGUCAUCACACUUCUUAUAGCUGAAGAAAAGGAUGGAUGGCUUUAUGGGGAACAUGACUUUACUAAAGUGAAAGGAUGGUUCCCAUCAUCAUACACAAAGCUACUAGAAGAACCAAGUGAUGAAACAGUACAUGUUCCAGUGCGAAGCGCUGCACCAAUCAGAAGUAUCAGUUCUAUAAAUAUAGCAGAUAAAGGUGGUGUUGUCCUCCCCCCACCAGAUUAUCUGGGAUCAUUGCAAACAGGCACAACUUCAGAUAUGAGAGUAGAUUCUUCCAAAGGUACUACUGUGGCCAGACCAGAAAGCACAACUCCUAAACCGGUUAUAAAUGGCAUUAUAAAACCACCUUUCCUAAGCGGAGAAAAUCCUUUUACCACUGUGAAACUCCGACCAACAGUAACAAAUGACAGAUCAGCACCAAUAAUUCGAUGAAUAUCAUUCAUGAAAAUAUUUUUACUCCCUGUAAACACUAUGUUUAGCAAUAUGAUUUACAAAGGUUGUUUAUUUAAAUGUAACUAGUGUACAUUAGGAGAAUAUUGAAGUGGAUUUCUGAUUUUAAAACAAUCCAUCUGCAUUCUAAAUGAGAUAAUUGCUCUGGGUUAAAAUGUUUGAGAACUUUGGCUUGAUUUUACACUACAUGCUUUUUUAGGAAGAAAGUUGUAAAAGACUGGGGGAAGUUUGAAUACUGUAAUUACCUGCAUACUUAAUAUUUUAUCAAAAUGCUCUCUAUCUGUCUUAUGGAAAAUACCACAGAUAAGUGUGUUUAAGUCUGCAUAUAUGGUUUAGUAGAUAU